CAUGGUUGCCGUUGUGCGUACAGAGUGAAAUAAGGAAUGUGUUCCGGAAGACAGAGAUAGUUGAAUCAUGAUCUAUUAAAAUCUCUAUGUAAAGGGGUUUGUCUUGUAAGGGCCAUUCACAAUAAUGUCUGUUCCACAGAGAUGGCUGAAUUGUCCCCGAAAAAGUCAGAUUAUCGCAGGUUUGUUGGACUAAUCGAACUCGCUCUGGUUCGGCAACCUUGUUAUCUGUACAGAUUUAAGGUUUCUACUAAAAAUUGGAACUAGGAUCUUCGAUUGGAGGAUGUCAUGGGCUAGCGUUACGAACUUAAGUAGUAACUAAGAAGGUGACAGGUCAAGAAAGGAAUCAUUUUACAAAGUAGAUUACAUGAAUGUGAACUUCCUCACUUUUACUAACAAUGAUAAUACAAUUGUUGCGAUUCUGCUUUCCUUUGCAUAAUUUAAGCUCACAAUUCAAGGCCUUCCCUGAAAUAAUAAUUUUAUUAAAUGCACCUGGUGACAUACAGGAAUCUAAGAAGAGUUUCUUCUUUUGAGUUCGCAAAUUUACACGUCGAUUGAUUAUUUCGUUUCCGGUCGAAACUGAGAAUUUAUACCCAUAUACUUGUGCAUGCACACAACAUCGAUGAUUUUUAUUAAAACUUGUUACGAUAAAACUUUUAAAAAUUGUCACUUGGACGAACUUUUGUUUGCAGAAAAGUUUCUUGCCUUUAAAACACCACUGGGGCCGCGCUAUGAUGACGAAAUUCCAGAGGCAAAUAGAUUUCAGCUGCCUAUGUUGUUUGCCUAUCUCCAGUCUCUACAGGUUUGUGCACGUGAAUUUUCUUGUUAUCAACAAGAUAGAUAUUUACUAUGUUGGUUGGGAAGGUCAGGGAACAGGGUGAUGGUAGAGGAAGAGGGGGGGGGGGGGGGGUAAGAGUAUCAGGGCACUAAGAGCUCUUGCCACCCCUUCAUUUUACGUCGUACACAUUUACCACAUUUUGCUAUGACUAUUCUCUGUUGCAAGACACUGGUAAUUGACAGUUACUAAACAUUUCUGUUACUGCACCUCUGUCCCAUCUUGUGUCCAUAUGAAUGCUACUUUCUCUUCCAUCUCCCAUACCCAUCCCACUCCCUUUCCCCACACUCCUGUCCCUCUCUCCUUGCAUCCCUCAACUCUAGUAUUUACGAGGCUAAGGAAAUCAGAGUUUAUGAUAUCAAAUGAUUUAAAUAAGGUGGUUGUAGAUCUGUUUUUAACCCUCUAACUCCCAGAAGUGAUUAACCCAAAACUUCUCCCUACAAUAUCCAUACAUUCUUCAGCAAACGGGUAAUGAGAAUAUUCAAACCUAUCAGGUAGAAGCUACUAUCUUGAUCUAGCACCAUGUUCUCAUAACUAAUUUAAAAGGAAAUGUGUAGCAGCUACAGAGGAGAAUUAACAAUCAGAUCUCGGGAGUUAUAGGGUUAAGUAUUUCAACAUCUUGAUUAUAUGAUAAAUAUUUAUCAAAUAUAAAAGUUGGGAAUGAAUUUACAUCAAACUGCAGAUAGCCAAAAUUGAACUUCCUGUUGUCUUCUCUUAGCCUUUAAUACAUCAAACUGAUGAUAUGUGAGAAUUUUUUUUCUAGCUCUCUUUAGAGUUUAUUUGAGGACUAGAGAAAAGGUGGAAAUAAAGAGUUAAUUUUGCCGUUUGCCAUUGCUGUAAAUAUCAUGCAUAAACUCUGUAAUGUUCAUAAACCCAAACAAUACCAUAAGAUUUUUCUUUUUUUUUUCUCCAGAUGAGGUUAGGAUUGAUCAUUGACUUGACAAACACAAAUCGUUUUUAUGACAAAACAGUAGUGGAACGGACAGGAAUCAAACAUAUCAAGAUGCAGUUGAAAGGGUUUGUUCCAUCUUUUGUUUGUUGAAAUUGAUUCACUUGAUUUUUAGAAUGUUAUCUACUUGCAUGUAAUGUGUGUUGAUUACUUUGUAGGCAUAAGGAGACACCCUCGCCAGAGCAAGUUGCUUUAUUUAUUAGAAUGUGUGAUCGUUACUUUGAUCAAAACCCAGGGGAAUUAAUAGGUUUGUGGAUCAUUUUGUUCUUUAGUGCUCAGUUAAUGAUUAUCUCAUUCAUGGUUUUCCAACUCCCAGAGCAGGCAAUAGCUAGAUUUAACCUUUUCCUUUACCAUUAUUGUUAUGAGUAAUUGUUUUUGUAAAUAUGAGCUUCUAGAAAUCUCCAGACUGCAUAGUUAUGCUGACAUGCAUAUCAUAGUAAACAAACUUUCCAGAACAUUUCAUCAAGUCAUGCACUUAAUACAUAAUACUUCUAAAAUAGCUCUUAAGUAAGCUUCUGGAAUGUUUCAGAACUCAUUGUGAAUAUAUUUAAAGACUAGCUUUUAUAGUAGUAGGAGUCAUUGUUGUUGGAGUGAUGACUGUUUUGAGAGCUCUAUAAAGAGAGAGAGUUUCUGCAGAAGAUCACUUAUUUCAAGGAACUUUAGAGACAGCAAUGAGAUUGUGUCAGUGGUUAGUUAGGAUAUAGACUGUGGUGGGCUUAAUUAAGUUUAUUAAUGAUAAGUAUUUUACUUUUUUUAGGAGUUACUCCUUGCUAAGAAUGUUACUCACUGUUUAAUAAAAUUGUUGAAUUUGUAGGAUUAUGGUGUUUUUCUGUUGCUUAGAUUAUAUUAUAAUGUGUGUGAUAAUGUGUGUGAAGCCCUGAUAGUCAAAUAAAUGAUUAAAAAAUAAAAGUGUUGAAUAAAGGGAGAACUAAUUGUCAAAAUAUAUGCAAAAUGUUUUGUCAUGGAAAAGUGGUUAGAUAUAACCUGAAUGGACUGGCUUUGUACCAGAAGGAACUAGCUAUAAACAGUACUGCUAUCAAAUACCCCACAAACUCAAAUUUCAUCUGCACAUACACAAAUACUUGGGUGUAUUAACAAUGCACAUCUGACAUGUCUCUUUUUCACAAUGCAAAAAGUUUCCUUUGUGUUACACUGUUGGGUAAAAGGGAGAACUUUUGACAAGUUGACAACAGAAAAAUUAUAUAUCAGAAAAAAAGGUUACUAUGUUACACACACAUUACAUUACUUAGUGUAUUUAUGGAAUAAUGAGCAGUAGCAGUUGAUUUGCUUGAUUUUAGCUGAUACUAAAUCAAAAAAAAGAACUAUUGUCAACCAAACUAGCCAUAUACAUAAUUGCAAAAAAAAAAACAGAUUUAUAAGCUCCUGUAGAAUGACCCACACAACCCAUGUUCAGACUCACCUAAAACUCCAAAUAUAAUAUUGGUAGUAAGUUUCUAAUGAAACUGUGAGUUGUGCUGAGUCAGUGGGGAGGUAUAAUUGUGAAAUGAGUUGAUAAUAUAAAUUGGCCACGGAAAGAGUUUCAAAGCUGACAUUUCGAGCAUUUACCCUUUGUCAGAUUAAGUUCCUUGUCAUUCCCUCUGAUAAAGGACUAGUGCUUUAAAUGUCAGCUAUGAAACUUUUUAAGGUGGCCAAUUUAUGUUAUCAAUUCAGUUUAUAAUUUACCAAAUUAUCUCACUAAAAUUUCACAUUUCAGGUGUUCACUGUACUCAUGGCUUCAACAGAACUGGCUUCUUAAUCAUUGCAUAUCUUGUAGAAAAAGAUGACUGGAGGUAAUUGAGCCAUAAAAAUAUUUUCUGACACCAGACUGGUUUGAUAAAACUUCUUUAAACAUUUCGUUAUUCAUGUCAUUGAUUAAUUCCAUGGUCAGUCAUGGGACUGAGAGUUUCCACCAGACCAAUCACCUAAAUCUAUGGGUACAUGUAGUCAAUGCAAUUUCAACCCUUAAACUCCCAAGAUUUGAUUGUUUUUUCUCCCCUCUUACUGUUACACAUAUUCUUUUAAAUUAGUUAGGAGAAUUUGGCAUCAGAUCAAGAUAACAACCUCUAUUUGAUAAAUUUGAGUAUUAUUAUUACUUUUUUGCUGGAUGAUGCAUAGACAGUGUAGUGAGAAGUUACAUGUUAAUCACUUCUGGGAGUCAAAGGGUUAAUACUUUGGACUAACUACAUAUUUUUUUCUGUGUUUUCACAGUAUUGAGGCAGCUAUUCACUGUUUUGCCCAGGUUUGUGGUUGAAUUCAGUAAUUAAAUCACCUAAUAGAUAUUUUACUAGUAAUUAAAAGUUAAAAUCUUUGACAAAGCUCUUGAGAUAGUUUUUCAACCAUCAUGUCAAUUUGUGCUUGCCCAUUUCAAGACAAGACAUUCCCCUACCUACCCCUCUCCUGUCAAUCAGUGCUGCAUUCUUUCUGUUGGUUAGGUGUUUUACAUUUAAUUGCAUAAGAUCUCAAGCAACAUUACAUUAAGGGAAGGGGGAAAAUAAGCUUUUAGAGUUAAAAUUGAUACUAAGUUUUUUUUGUAUGGGUUUAAUAUAGAUUUCCUUAACAGAUUUUGCUGAAGGACUGUAGCAGAUGAUACAUGAUAAAAAAAAUAUUGAAAUUGGCAUCAAUAAUCUUAUUUUUUUGUUUGUUUUUCUUUCAUUAAUUUGUGCAGUGUCGGCCUCCAGGAAUUUACAAAGCACAUUAUUUGCAAGACUUAGUUAAGCGGUACAGUGACUCAAAUGAAUCCAUUGCUGCACCUGAGCUUCCUGAUUGGUGUUAUGACGAGGAGGAAGGACUUAGUGACAAUGAGGAGGAAAAUGGGAGGACUGUGGAAGAUGGAAGUCACUCUGAUGGGAGAAGGAAAAAGAUGCGAAGGGAUCCAAGAUUGAAGGUCAAUUUUUCUUUGAAGUCUUGUCUCUUUGUCAUCAUCAUCAUCAUCAUCACAGUCAUUAUUGUUGUUGUUGCUAAAAUAUUGAGGGAAUUACUACAAAUGUCGUUUAACAAAUUAAAUCCAUGAUUUGUGUUUACAGGAAGCAAAAUUUAUGGAUGAGGUUGAGGGGAUUGAGGUUGUGAAUUCACCCAGAAGAGAAGAUAUCCAAGAAAUAUGUGAAAAAAUGUGCGCUUGGGAAAGGUGAGAAAUAUGAAAAGCUGAGGGAAAAAUAUGCAGAGAAGAAUUUUGCUAAACUUGAUGAUAAAAGGAAUGAUAGCUGUGAGGUCGAAGGAAAGAGUUUAUUACUGUUAAACAAAUUCUUCUUGUCAGUACUGUAGGAAAUACAUGGUAUAGAAAUUAUGCACGCUGAUGUUAAUUUGAAAAGGGUGAAACUGUUCUUGUGGUCGUAUUAAAAAAAUUAACUUUCUUAUAAGUUCGGAUUUGCUGCGUUUUGUUUGUUGAGCAAGAGACAAAUGAAUACUCGAUGCUUAAACAGUUCUUGCAUUUUUUGUUUGUUUGUUCCCUUUAUUUUAGUGGGGGGUUCCCAGGAAGUCAACCAGUGUCCAUGGAUGUCCAGAAUAUUAAAUUACUUCACGAAAAACCUUACAGAGUCAGUUGGAAAGCAGAUGGCGUGAGGUGAUUAUUAUUGAAAGCCUGUUUAGAUUCGUCCUAAAGGAACUGCAAGUUCACCAGUUCGGAUUUCUUAUACUUCUUGCGAGACAUGAUUUUUUUUCUAUGUUAAUUUUUGCGUGUCUCAGGCGAGUUGAAUCAAGCGUGAGACCCGCGCCGUGUGUCUCGUUCCGAGCGCUCUUCUCGCGUUCAACGCCGAUGACCUGAAAGACGCCAAAAAAUUACGUCUGUUCUGCGGAAAAUAUGUUAACGUCCAGUGUUCUGGGCCAUAAAGCCUCUAUCUUGACUUUACCUCUGGCCAUUCACUAUGCUCAACUGUCUGUUCAUCAUCCGCUAGCCUGCAGAGCAUUCGAGACUUUCAGUAAACGCCGAAAGCUCAGUAUUUUCUCGGUGAAAAUUAUUCCUGCCAUCUUUGAUUUUUGGAGCAGCAGAGGGUUGCUGAGAUAAAGACAUUUGUGCCGAAAAAGUGAGCGACGGUCUAAAGGAAGGAGGGGGGAGUGGGUGGGGCAGUAGAAAUCGCGCCUUUCCGUGCCCCCUCCCCCAACUGUCGACUCUAACUAUGAAUCAAACAUGGCCGGUCAGAUAACAUUCGUUAACUCGCCCUAAUAAAACGCUUCAAGUGCACUGCAGGCUUUCCACAGGCCCAGUCAGUCUACUAAUCAGUCGCUCCAUUUAUUCUUUUCUUUUCAGAUACAUGAUGCUGAUUUUAAAAGAAAGGGAAAUAUACUUAAUAGACAGAGACAAUAAUGUGUUUGCUGCACCACAGUUCCAUUUCCCUCAGCGUAAAAACCUUAGAAAGCAUAUUUUUGACACUCUGAUUGAUGGGGUAAGAGAACGCAGCAUUACAUACUUAACUUAAGCUUCACUGCGAACGUUUCGUAGUUGUUUUUAGUCGUUUUCCUAUAACACACAGAGUCAGGGGAGGAAAGGCAAAAUAUCAGUUGGGUUAGAAAGAAAAAAAAAUUAUAUGAGAAGAAUGGACCAAGAUGUGACCAGGAAGGUCAAGGAUGGAAAAGAUUGACUCGGAUUGAAAAAAAAGUGGCAAAAUUUCCAAGCAUUUUCAAAUCUUGACGUCAGCGACGCAAAGUGGUAUUACUCUAAAUUCGUUACCGAUUCUACUCGCUCGGUCCUAGACAGUUCUACCAAAUCGCAAGAAUUUAUUUCACUAGCGAGUGGAAAUUUUCCGAUAUAUAGGCGAAGUCCGGUGCGGUGGGCCAAUAGUGGUACCCGCAUCGUCUGAGAUUUUCCUUACGAUUGCAAAGCAGUCUCUGAAACGAAAAUUUUGAGUUUUUAUGUUCUAUUUUGUAGGAGAUGGUUCUUGACAAGGAAAAUGAAAAGGUUCACCCUCGAUAUCUGGCCUACGAUAUCGUCAGAUUCCAAGUAAGUUCAUCGUUAUGUAGUUGGUUAAUCAGUGAAAACGGUUCUUUUAUGAUUGGCCCAUUCGAAUGCUUAUGAAGUACUCAAACCUCACACAGAGGUCGCAGUCAUUGGGUUGUAUGUACCUCCUUCCCAAAUCGAGGCUGUGUAGCUUAGUUGUUAGACACAGUUCUGGACUCAUCGAAGUAAGACUCUGCACUCUGUAUUUGCUUUUGUUGAAGUUUACCUGUGGGGGCCCAAUUGUCAUGUAAGUACAAUUAACAGGGUUGUUUCUUACUUGCUCCUAAAAUAUGGCUAUACGACUCAUUUGGUAGCCGCAGCUAACCGUUAUCUGGGAAGCAUGAAAUCGUACCCGUCGAAGAACUAACUCUUUCCUCACGUCCCUCUUUCUGUUUUCUAACACAUUCUUUCUCUAUUCUUACGAAAAAUGCCCCUUACUGUGGAUUGUUUGUAAAUCAGUUUAUGACUCUUGUGUUUGUAGGGGCAAGAAGUCGGAAAACAAAGCCACGACAUCAGAAUGAUUUGUAUUGAAAAAGAAAUAGAAAUGGCUCGAAACCAAGCUGUAAGUACUUACGUAUUUAUCAGUCAGUCUGUCUGAAUAAAGAGGGAAACUUUAAAAAAAAAAAAACUGCGGUGCUGCGUCGGGGGGGGGGUGUUGUAAAAUAAUUUGGCUUUAUCAAUUGGGUUGAUAAUGUGAAUUGGCCACCGUAAAGAGAUUCUAAACCUGACGUUUCGAGCGUUUCGCCCUUCGUCUGAGCGAAUCGACGCUUCGACGAGGCCAAGUUUAUCUGACUUUCGGUCUAUCUGUCUGUCUGUCUUUCUACUCAUCUGUCUAUCUGUCUCUCUUUUUCUCUGUCCGUCUAUCAGACUGUAUCUUUAACAUUUCCUUACCCGAGAACAGAAAAGCAUUACCUCCAAUUUCUCUUUUCCUUUGUCCAAUUUUAUUGUUGCCUCGUUAUUUCCCGUCAGAUCACCGAACUGAUUUUGCCAACAGGCAAACAUGCAAUGCGUUUUGUAACGUUUCAUUACGCUUUAUUGCAGGCUCAACAAGGACUCUUGGACAAGUCAAAGGAGCCGUUUAGCAUCAGAGCGAAAAAGUUCUUUCCAGUAGAGAAAGCAGAGUGGGUAGGUCUUUUCGAGUCUACAGUCAACAUAGAAAUGAACAAAUUUAAUUUUUAUUUUUGUUGAAAAAAAUUCCUUCUUCUAAGUGGUUACUUCACACUCUACUUCCUCAGUAUUGUGUCCUUCUGUAGUCAUUCUUCGUCACAACUGAGGGUGAAUCUGAGAGGAUCCUGCCUCUCUACCUCGCAAAACUCUUGAGAGAGUAUAACAGAUUACUCUUAACGUCAUCAUUUCGCUUCUUCUGAAAGCAAUUAGCAUCGAAUGGAAGGAGAGAUUUAGAGUUGCACCUUCGCAUUCUUAAGCUUGUUUUACCUUUUUGUUCGUAGGUGUUAGAAAACUGGAGUCCUAAACUUAGCCACGAGAAUGAUGGACUGAUCUUCAACCCCGCCGAGGAGGUGAGUUAACUUAAAUAGUGAAAAAUAUUUGAUGGAAGGAAGCCGUGACGCCUCUUUGGUUAACUCGUCCGAAUCAAAAGGUCUGGGUACGAAAGAGACUGAAGGUUGCGGCUGUAGACGCGGGAAAACGUGAGUAAUAAAGAUGGGAUUGGAUUUAGAUCACUAUCUGAUUGUUUGAAAGCGGGCGUUAGCUAUUUAGACCAAUUUUAAAGCGUAGAAUAGAAAAACUAAGGUAUUUCCGGAUUGCUUACACUAUUGAAAUGAAUUUCUUCGAAAAUCUUGCCAUUGCUUUCUGUUUCAGCCGUAUGAGGCCGGACAGAGCUCUGAGUUAUUGAAAUGGAAACCACACACGCUAAACUCCGUGGACUUCGUUCUUAAUAUAAGAACUGUUCGACAAGAAGGGUUUGUUUGUUUGUUUGAUCUGCACUGAUACAAAACCAAUACUGCUCUAACCAGGCCGUUCUGUUAAAUGGCGGCCUAAAGGCAAAGAAACACAUUCUUCACAUCCAUCCCCAUUCCGCUCGAUAAAAAGUGGAAAACGAAUUUUUGACAAAUUUCUUUUUACCCUUUACACCUUGAAAUCAGUGUAAAUAUUCUCCAUACUGUUCUCUAUACGUUACUUAAGGUGCUGACAAGGAGAAUUUAUUUUACAAUCAAAGGCUGCUUUAGUCGGUGACCAUUUUCUUUAUUCUCAUGACCUUAACGUGUGAUUCAGGGGUGAUAUUGUAAGGAGAAAGUAGAUGCUAAUCACUCUCAGGGGUCGAAGGGUUAAGCGAUGAGUAAUUGUGUUAAAUGAAUAAUCUUUAGAUCAAUAUCAGUAUCUGGGCAACUGCCCACCUACCCCUCCCCUAACCCAACAUUAACCUUUACUUGCUAUCAAUUUACUUGCUAUCAAUUGACCGUUAUUGAGUUAGGGUAGGGGUAGGUGGGCAGUUGCCCAGAUACUGAUAUUGAUCCUAGUCUUUCCUCUUCUCCUUAAGGUGCAUUCCUGAAUUAGUUGGUGCUCUCAUGGUCGGUGGUUGUGAUCGACCAUUUUCCCAAAUCAAGGUUUGUGCAGAUAGAGCCCUUUUCGAUUGACUGUUGUAAGACCAAAACCGAAACCAAAUUAAUUACAAAGGCCAAUCAAAUGAAAGGAAAAUACAUAACCCUGAAGAGCCGACGAGAACUCAAAACAGAAACAAGCAAACUGCCUAAAGCGCGGGAAAACGCGGGCGACCAAGUCGUGGUUGGUUUUAGUUUUGUAUCUGAUUUGUUGAGAGAUUGACGCGAGUUUUUCUAGACCAAUCACUGAGCAAAGUAAAGCAAACCAAUGAAAUCACGGAUUACUUUUGACAGUCAAUUGAAAAUUGCCCUCUUUUAGAAUUACGAAUGGGAGUGGACCGUCACAAUCAAAUAGCUCCUCUGUUCCGUAUGCAUUGCCUUUCUUAAUUUUUUCCCCUCAGGUUACGAAAGAACUCAAAAGCCUCGACAAGAGAGUGGUGGAAUGCACUUGGGAUGCCAAGAACAACCAGUGGAAAUUUCUCAGAGUCAGGGAAGAUAAAAGUUUCCCAAAUGGUUUCAAGACAGCUAUGAGUAAGGAGGCGUGAUGUGUUUUGGUUGUUUUGUGAUUUUAUUUCAGUUCUAAGCUGCAUGUUUUGGAGAGAAAAAUAAAACAGAGCGCUCGCUUCAAUAGUAAUUCCAACUCUUUCUUACCUUUUGGAUGCUUUCAUUUAUAGAAUUUUUUUUUCCUAAACCUUAAAGUCUCAGCGGUGAUCAAAAUGUAACUUAUCAGCAAUCAAUUGAUAAGAAUAGAACAGCGUUUCUCUUGGAGUGUUAAAUUCUCUAAACUGACGUACGAGAAAAUGUCUAACUGUGAGUAAAGAGAAUUACUUAUUAGAUCUUAGGAGUUCACAAGUGAAAUAAAAAUGGAAUGAAGGAUUUUUUAUUUCCCGGCUUAAUUUCAGGCGUAUGCAAAAGCAUUCAACAACCUGUGACAAAGAAAUGGCUUCUGGAAGUCAUAGAGAAACAUCGUUACCACUCAGUUAGACAUAGAGACCCCAACGCUCCAUCCACGAGUCACGCCGCAGUUUAGAUCACAGACUCACCAGAAUGGCCUUAGAAGCAGUAGAAGCCGCCUUGCGUCAGUUGAAGCUCUUCUUAGAGAAAGGUAACCGCACACAUUUGGAUAAAGAGACUUAUAUCAGUCGUUUAGAGUCUUCCUAUGUCUGGUGCCUCCAUCACUCUUUGAUUUGCUAUCGUGAAGGCGAGAACCAUGCUCGGAUGCUCCGCCGUAAUCCGAUGGCGUCGUCGUGAGGAACAGAAUAGUGCCGACUGGGUUUACCGACGUGACACAAACACCGACUGCUGUUAUUUCGCAUUUGUACAGAUUUUAUAGCAUAAAGCACUUCUUGUUUUAUAUUCAUUUUCAUUCUGUUAUCAGAAGGCUACUCUAGAAAAUACCUGACGUAAGAGCAAUCCUUCCAAUGUUUUGCGUUUUCAGCGCUUGCUAAAUUUCAGUUAUUUAGUUCUUAUGAUUUUGAGGUUCAGAGGCCUUUUGCAGCUUUAUCUCAUAUAAUGUCACUGAUUUUUUUUGAUGUAUCGAUCACCAACAGUGCCUCUCUACGCACAACCUCCCUGAGUGUUAAAAUGUGAAGCAACCUCGUUUCCAGGUUCACCAGUCCUUCCCCCCACUGUCUCUCUUACUCCAGGAAAUGGAUAGAAGAUAGGCCCUGGAAACGAGGUUUUAUGGUAAAGAAGAUUGAUUGAUUAAGCCUCUAUAUGUAAGAGACAUUGGAAGAGUUAUGCAUAUUUUAAGUACCACCCAAAUCUGAUGGUCGAAAAAAGUACUUUGGCUUUUUUUACCUUAAUUAGUAGUGACCUGUAGCAGAUGUGGUUUUCUUUUAUCAAUGUUGAUUUUUUUUGUAUGGUUUAAUUUUUUUUUGCCAUAACCAGAAUUUUAAGUCGGGCACCUCUUCGUUUAACCAGAAGGUACUGAUUUCUUCAGUCUUGUGGAUUUGAAAUUGUUAUAGAAGGUUAGCAAAAGUGACUACUCGAGAGUUACGAGAUAGGUUUGCACUUGAAGAAAAAGAAAAGAAAAGGAAAGAAAGUAAUAAACAACUGUAAAUAGUUUUAUUCUAUGUAAACUAGUAUUUCGCAUGAAGUAUUUUCCAGUUUGAAAAACUGAUUACUUCAGUGGUCCCGCUAGCAUAAAGUUUGAAACUUGAAUUCGAUGAUAUUUUCAUCCUCUUUGUUGAUGUAAAACGAGAUGAAUUUGACCAAUUUUUUAACUCUUUAACUCCCAGUUCAAAUUCUUAAUUCUCCUUACUGUCAACCAUACAAUUCUUGAAAUGUUAGUUCAGGGAAUUUAGUAUCACCAUUCUCAUCACUUGUCUGGUUGAUACUGUAUUGAUAUUGUAAGGAGAAAUUCUGUCUUGGUCACUCAUGGGAGUUUAAGGGUAAACAGCAAGACAAGUAAGAUCAAAGGGCAAAGAUGCUGUACUCAUUAUCAAUCAAGGAUUAUACAAGCUGAAUGCUUGAUGCAUUAUUAUGGACUUUUACUUAUGGUCUGCUAGAGGAAAGACAUGUAGGAGACUUCACCAUGAAUUUUUCUUUAUUAUAUAGUAACAUUUAUGACUGGUUACGCUCUCGCUCUAUAUUUAACAAAUAGACUCCAUGUUUACAUGCAUCUGUACAUUAAAAGAGCACAGAAGGCGUCUAAAUGUGGUAAGAACAUCAGUGAUACUGCAUUUCAAACGAAGCGCGGUAGCGGAGGUGGAGUGAAAAAACGAGAGAGGAUUGGGUUGGGUCGCGUGAUGAGAGGUGUUUUGUACGCACCCGACCCAAACCUCUCACGUUUUUGCUCUGUCGCUAGUAUUCGCUUUGGUUAUUAUUUCGUUCUGUUUUACCAACUAGAAGCGUGGAACAGGUAUCACAGAGCAGACUCGCGGCAACAUAGAAUCAAUUUCUUGAUUAGAUACCGAAAGCGUAGCCAAUUAUAUCAGUUACAUAUUAGAUAGAACACUAGCGACAAAUGCUAACGACAGAUAACUGGAUUCGGCUGGCGUGUAUGUACAUCACUGUUGGUCAUUAGUUCAUCGGUAAAUGAUCAUGCCCGCCAUUUUGAAAUAGGUCAAUCAACUGUACUGGUGGCAACUAGGGUGUGAACAUGUCAUACCAACCUUCCUUUUUAGCCGUUGUCUAAAGAAAUCUCUGGCGUUGUGUACCGCCACAAGGACUUAUUUCAAAUCGAUAUUUAAUUGCUACUCAUAAGGAAGUGGUGAUUUAAAAAUAUAGAAAGCAUUUGUCAAAAUACUGUAAUUAACAACUCUUUGUUUUGAUUGUGAUAUCGUAUUUGCUUUG